UAGAACAGAAGGACUCAGACUCUGACUCUGAUCCAAGGUAUUGGAUUGACGUCUUACCUGUCUGUCUAGUUUUUUUUAUUUUUUAUUUCAUCACAUUUCUCAACAGUUCUGGUUGUCUCCUGUGUCCUGAGACAACCAGUUCUCAGAAUUUCUCACCAUUCCGUGGGAGUCUUGGGAGGGCUCCUGACUUCAUUUUCACUUGCUGAACAGCAACACACCUAUCAGCCUGUUUGGGGUUUGCCGCCGUUCCCUGCUGAGAGUCUUGACCCACCUCCUCUCCACGAUCUUGCAGAGACUGUCAGACGCAUUCUGGAGCAGCUUCAAGGAAGGAAUGAGUUUUCUGUACUUUGUCCUACCAGCUCUGGGAGGUUACACUCUCACCUCGCUGUACCUGCUGAAGAACCCACUUAUUCUCCACAAGAGGAAGCAACCAGCUUUCUACUGUACUCACAUUUCUCACAGAGGAGGAUGCGGGGAGCGGAUAGAAAGUACAAUGGGGGCGUUUGAACACGCGCUGAGGCAGGGCACAGAGAUGCUGGAGAUGGACUGUCACCUGACGCAUGACGGACAUGUGGUGGUUUCUCAUGACGAGAACCUGCUGAGACAGACGGGCCACGAUGUCACCGUCUCCUCGCUUGAUCUAAAGGAUUUGCCUUUGUAUAAGGAGAGACUGGAGGUGACGUUUAACGCAGGUUUCUGCAGCACCGGCACCGACAGGAAGUUUGCUCUGUUGGAGGACGUCUUCAGGAAGUUUCCUGAGGUGCCUGUCAGCAUCGAGAUAAAAGAGAACAACCACCAGCUGAUCCAUAAGGUGUCUGACCUGGUUAGAUGCUACAGCAGAGAGGGGAUCACUGUGUGGGCUUCUGUGGACGAAACCAUUUUGAAGGAAUGCCGCAGAGUUAACAGCUCCAUGCCGUACAGUUUCUCCAUGAAUCGUGGCGUGCUUCUUCUGCUUCUCUUUUACACCGGCCUGCUGCCCUUUGCGCCGCUGGGAGAGAGCUUACUGCAGUUCUACCUGCCACGCGUCAUCAACAGGACUUACAUUCCUGAGGGGAGAAUCCUGAAGAACAGGCUGGUCCUGUUUUUCUUGGAAAAAGUAACCAUGAGGAAAAGUCUCUUUCAACACCUUGCUGCACGCGGAAUACAGGUACACUUGUUUGUUUGCAACAAAGAAGAGGACAUAAAGGCAGCACUUGAUGUGGGAGCCACAGGGGUGAUGAGCGACUAUCCAACUCUUCUGACUAAUUACUUUCUCAGAAACAGGAGUCGGGACUGACCCAAAAGUCACACCAUGUUUUUGUACAAUAAAAACCAAAACACAACUUUACUAUGAGUCAGGGUUGUGUAAGUUGCUCAAGUCUGUGAAAAAGAGACAAUGGAAGAGGAAGUGUGAGAUCCAGUCCCCCCCAAUCUGGACAAGAUAAGCACAGUCCUAGCUGGUUACACUGCAAACUUUAAAACAAUGCAAUCAUUCAGCUCUUUGAUCAGGAGGAAAAGUUUGUGUGUGGUGUGAAAUGCUUUUCUAUAGUGCAUCAGGUCAGUAUUAAAAGGAAAACCCCUUAUUUUAGUUUGCAGCUAAUCACAGAGGCUAAUAUUGAACCGCGGAGAUUAUGUCACGCGACCAACCAUGACAAAUAAACAUGGCUUUGUUUUGACUGUC